CCCACUCGAGCUUUCUCCUCGCCACCGCCUCCCCUUUUGCUCUCGCACUCGCUCUCGACCUUUCUCGCACCCCACUCUAGUUGCGUCGAGCGAGCGGGAUGGCCCCCUCAGAGGAUGCGCGACCAACGCGCCCCGACUUGCAGCGCACCAUAUCUCGUUCCCACCUCCAUUCUCAGCCCCACUCCAACAACUCCAAUCCGAGGUCGUCGCAGCCAACCUCGCCCAUCCCAACCCCGGAGGAUGAGGACAACCGCUCGUCUUCGCCGCGCACGCGCACAGGCAGCAACACGUUCAUUUUCCCCAUUCGCUCAGUGUACAAUAACCGCAACCACGCCGGUCCCCAGGGCAACGCGAGCACGCAGUGCGCGGCUCCAACAUCUCCGAUUCUAGGCCGGACGGACCUGCGGCGCCCGUCGCUGGGGAACGAAGGCACAGAUCCCAUGUCAUUCCCCACUACGUUGAUGGACAUGCUUGACGGCUCGAGCCGUGGUCGCGGCUCGCCGCCGCCCAGGCCGCCCAGGAGUACUGCAACACUCAACCGUCGGUCAUCACAUCCAACGCCCCCACUCAGUCCAGGCGUUCGUGACGAGCCCAUACUGUCGCCCCGCGGGCGCACCACACUCGAACCUGAUGACGCGGGGGUCACAAACCUCGUCAACGACUUCUCUGGUAUCAUCCGCCUUGGUGACGCCCCUCAAGGCAGCACUACAGCGGGGGGAUCCUCUACAGCCCUACCCGCGGUGACGUCCGUGAAUACCGCAACGCCCGCCUCUGGUAGACCGCCACGCACUGGGCAGGCUAGCAUUGGCGGACUUUUGCGUAAGGGAGCACAAACCAACUCGGCGAGCAUCCGUGCGCAGACCCGAGACUCGGUCCGAGACUUUGUCAAUGAGCAGGCGCAUACCAUCCACGUUGCCGACCCCAACGCCGCGGCGCCCUCCCCGGGGCCUGACCAGGCUGACGUGUCCAGUAUCGGAUCAGGCCUCCCAUCGUCCUCCGAGAGCGCGUCUGGGUCCAGCGGCAGCAACCUAUACACACCCCAGGCUGUCAACGCGAACCGGUGGGCGUCCUUCCAUGACGCCAGCUCGGAGAACGUGUCGGACAGCCCAGCAGACUCCACAUCGGUCGGAGGCAUGUACUCAGAAGAGGAAGGCGCGCUGGCGCAGGAGCCAAUUACGACCUUUCGCUUUCAGCACCUCGCAACGGAGGAUGGGCACCACGUUGUUAUUGGGCGCGAGGGCAAGCUGCAGCGUUGCGAGGACGAGCCGAUCACCAUUCCCGGCGCAGUGCAGGGCUUCGGUGUGCUCAUUCUCCUAGAGGAGGAUUAUGAGACGGGUGACAUGACUGUGCGCCAGGUGUCCGAGAAUGCGACAGAGCUGCUUGGAUUGUCGCCGCAGUACCUCUUCCGCCUUCAUUGCUUUUCUAAUAUCCUUACCGUUGACCAAGAGGAUGUGCUUCGCGACAACAUCGAGUCGCUUCCUUAUCCAGACGACGAGCUCGCCGAGGAGGGAGGCGAAUAUGAAGGACCCCAGGUGUUCCGCCUUAGCGGGUACGGCGAACCCGGAAGCGACGAUACAUGGGACGAGGAGACGUCAGGCUCGAUGCCGUCGCACCGCCGUCGUGAGUGGACGUGCUGGGUAGCUGCGAGCCGCCCCAAGAUGGACUCGUGGAUUAAGUAUGACGAGCAUGGUGAACCUCUCCCCAUUCCCGACCUCGUAGUGCUCGAGUUUGAGCUAGAGCGCGAUAACUACAACCCCCUCACGCAGCCGUUCGACUAUCUAGCCGAGGAGCAGAUGGCGAUGUCCGAACCGGUCGACCGGCGUAGCGAAAUGGGCCAGUCUCACCGCGGGUCCUUUGGCAGUGGACAGAGUUCUUUCUCAAGUGCAGGACGUGCCAGCUCCCGAGUAUCGAAGCAGCAAACGGGUAGCACUCCGUCCUUGGUCGCCGAUGGCUCCUACGGUACCCCUUCGGUCGGCACUGGAGGUUCCGUCGGUACUGGAAAACCUAACGGUACUGGUGGGUCUGUGGCCACGGGUGUCUCUUCAAACUCACCGGCGACCCAAGCUUCCAAUCCAUCCGCAUCAGAACUGCCGUCCGGAAGCACUUUCCCCACAUCGAUGCAGUCCAGUUCUGGCUCGGCAUCGUCAAACGCGUCCUCCAGGCGCAAGCGAUUUGGUCUCGAGGGCCUCGAGGAGGACCCUCCGCUGGACCGCGUGCUCGAGAGCACAACCAACUACGCCAAGCCAUUGCGCUCGCUCCUUGGCAUGCGCCGCGCUGGUACGGACGCAUGGUCCGAGCAUGAUACAAUGUCCGGAAGCGGCAGUGGCAGUGGCAAUAGCGCACGCAACUCGCGCGGGUCACGAGGGUCCCGCGGGUCGCGUGGGUCUGGGGCGCGUCGUCGCCAGAACAGGCGAACACGCGCGCAAAGCUCAUCAGACACACUUGAUGUCGUCGCAGUGCUCAACCAGAUCAAUGAGCAGCUCGGCCGCGCACAGGACCUCGACUCAUUUCUCAAGGUGACUGUGGGCCUCGUCAAGGACCUGUGCCGCUUCAGCCGUGUUGUCAUCUAUCAGUUCGAUGAGGAGUACAACGGCAAGGUUGUGACUGAGCUUGUCGACUGGGGCACAACCACCGACCUGUGGAAAGGGCUCAUGUUUCCCGCAGCCGACAUCCCGCCGCAGGCUCGCGAGCUCUAUCGCAUCAACAAGGUGCGGUUUCUGUACGACCGCGACCAGAUCACGGCGCGCCUGGUGCUGCGCGACAAGAGUGACCUUGAGCAUCCCCUAGACAUGACGCACUGCUUCCUCCGUGCCAUGUCGCCGAUUCACAUCAAGUAUCUCGCCAACAUGCACGUGCGCUCGUCCAUGUCCAUCUCAAUCAUGGCAUUCGGCAAGCUGUGGGGUCUGAUUGCGUGUCACUCGUAUGGCAUCCACGGCAUGCGAGUGUCCUUCCCUGUGCGCCAGAUGCUGCGCAUCCUUUCCGACGUCGUGUCGCGCAACGUCGAGCGCCUGCGCUACGCUCAGCGACUCAAGUCGCGCCAGCUCAUCAACACGACAGGUUUCGCCGGCAUCGCCGCUUUGGGCGCUAAGGCGGCUAACCGCGGCGGGUCGACAGGCGGCGACACGUCCGACUCGCACUCCUCGCAGGGGUACAUUGUCUCCAACGCUGACGAGCUGCUCACCAUCUUCGAUGCGGACUCGGGCCUGCUCGUCAUCAACGACGGGUGCAAGCUUCUUGGGCAGUGCGAGCAGGCGCACGCCAUGCUCGCCAUUGCAGAGUAUCUCCGCAUCGCGAAGUUUGACGAUAUUGUCUCGUCCAACCACAUCACUCAGGACUUCCCGGACCUCAUCUUGCCGCGGGCGACCGACACGAUCGCAGGCAUGCUGUAUGUUCCGCUCACCAACGAGGCUGGACAAGACUUCAUCGUGCUGCUUCGUAAGGGCCAGGUCGACGAGGUCAAAUGGGCAGGGCGACCUUACAUCAACGAGGACGCCGCGAACAAAGCUGUUCUUGAACCGCGCAGCUCGUUCAAGACCUGGAUCCAGAAGGUGACUGGACGGUCGCGCCAGUGGACCGACGACCAACUCGACUCUGCUCGUGUCCUUUCGCUCAUCUACGGCAAGUUCAUCCACGUGUGGCGCGAACGCCAAAACGCCUUGAUGUCGAACCAGCUUACUGCGAUUCUGCUCUCCAACACAAGUCACGCCGUGCGCACACCACUGUCGCAAAUCAUUAAUACGCUCGAGCUGGCUUUGGCGGGCAACAUAGACUCCGACACGCGCAAUAUGCUGGAGAAUAGUCACCAGGCGUCGCGCGCCCUUCUUUUCCACGUUCACGACCUGCUCGACUUGACGCGUAUUGAGACGGGCAAUGAAACAGCAUUCAAUGACCCCUUCGACCUCAAACAGACGAUCGGCAACACCGUACGCCUUUACCAGACGGAGACGCACCGCCGCGGGAUCAGCUUCGCUGUUACGAUGGCCGACGACUUGCCACCGAUGGUCAUUGGUGAUGCGCGCAAGGUCAAGACAGUUGUGUCCAACCUCGUCGCCAACGCGGUGAAGUACACGCGCGAGGGUGCGAUAGAGGUGACCUGCCGGCUUGAGCCAGGUGCGGAACAUGGUCCGGACUCGGCAUCGAUAGAAGUUAUCGUCAGCGACACGGGAUGUGGCAUCCCACCCGAAAAGCUCGAGGCUAUGUUCGUCACCCUCGAGGGCGCAGAGGACCGGGCUGAAGGAGGCGGUGUCGGACUUGGCCUCGCCGUCGUCGCGCGCAUCGUGGAGCAGCUGCACGGCCAGCUGCGCGCUGAAUCUGAGGUCGGCAAGGGCACCAAGUUCUACUUUACGUGCAGCAUGGGCGUCAACGCCGACUUCCACCCCAUGGGCUCAGCUUCAGGUGGUUUUGAGCAGGAGACGACAGCGAGCCCAAACGCUGAUCAGGGAAUGCUGGGCCUGCAGCGUUCUGCAGCAAUGGCGACGGCGUCGCUCGACCAUACCAAACUUAGAUCCCGUGAUGGCGCGGCAACGCCCGGCGACAAGAGGUCUCCCACCUCGACGCCCGCGCCUGGUGCCGCCGAGUCUGAGCCCGUGUCGCCCACGCGAUCCAAGGUGGGGCCAAAGGGUGGGCCGCAGCUGCGCAUCCUGGUGGUGGAGGACGACGUGAUCAAUUCGCAGAUCCUACAAAAGCGCCUCAAGAUGGACAGCCACCUUGUGCGCACGGUCGAGAACGGGCAGGAGGCGGUGGACCUGAUCGCGUCUGACUGGGACUUCGACGCGAUUAUAAUGGACAUCCAGAUGCCUAUUAUGGACGGAUACGAGGCGGCGGCGGCGAUUCGCGGGCUCGAGGCCAAGACGACGCCGCCGUCCGACAUCGACCCCGUGCGGGUGGACGGGCGGAUGCCAAUCUUUGCGCUGUCGGCCAGCUUGUACGAGGACGACCGCGUGCACCUAGGAACGCACUUUGACGGGUGGCUACUCAAACCGCUGCAAUUCAACCGGCUGCGCGCACUGCUCACCGCGCUGCAGGACGAGGACAAGCGCGCCGAGGAAAUAUACCAGCCGGGGCAAUGGGAGCGUGGGGGAUACUUCCGGGACGGGCGGAAAUUGUAGCAUCGGUAUAUGGGUACGGUUAUGAGGCUAGGUGAUCAGAGUAGUAUUAGUCAGUAAGGCGUGGGUAUGGGUUUAUGGGAUGUGGUGAGCUAGUGUAGCAGACGGAUAGGGGCUAGGUACAUACAGUCGCGACUGUGUAAUGCCACAAGAGUAGGUGUAUAUGUGACGGCAGAUGCCAAUUGAAGACACGACUGCCACAGUGGGACAAUCAGAGCGCUGGUGGGAAUACGGUGGUGCUGCGCGUGCCACCAGCGAGCGGGA